AUGUCAAGUCUAAUAUCUCGCCUUACCUCUCCGCCUGCACAGACGCUCCAUGUGCUGCAACCCACGUCGUCCACAAUCAAGUAUACAGUCUCGACGCGCCCUGUGCCAAAGACGGUGCCGGCGCGCAUAGGAUACUAUGUCGGGAUACUCAUUCGAGCAGUAUUGGGGGUGACAAGCGCGCUGUUGCUAUGGCUGAAAUGGCGAAUCUCAAACGAGUUGUCAACGCUUUUCUUGCAGGAUGCACUGGGUUGGGAAGGAGAAGGACAAUUGGUAAAGAUGGUAGAGGCUUUCAAAUGGCGAUAUCUUAUCCCAAGUACGCUCUUCGUUAUAUUCUUGGUCUUGCGGAGAAACUACACUGAAGAGUCCCUAACCAUGCUUCGUGGCCUCGGUCUCCAGACCUCAACUUCUUCUUCUACCUAUCUCCAGACACCCACGACGCGCUUCAUACCCACAACCUGCAUCCAGGACAUUUUCAUACACGAGGCGUUCAAGGGCUUCGAAGUGCGCUUCUAUCUUGUGAUUGUGGUAGAAGGUGAGGAUGAAGUGGUGGUGGUGUUUCCGAAUUUGUUACCCAGGAGAGAAGUACUGGAAGUCGUUUGGAGAGGGGUAAGAAGGGGUCUGUGGGAGCAAGGAGGCCCAAAGCCAAAGGCUGAGGUGAAGGAAAACAACGAAAAAGUAGAAACUUGA